AUGGAUGAAGUUGUCAAGUCAGAGCAAUCGAGAGUAGUUGGCCAACGCACAGUAUUCGGUUGGAUACUAUCCGGACCAAUCGAAUGCACAAAUUGUUCAAUAAAGGUAUCUCUAUCAGCUGUACGAGAAUCUUCGAAUGAACAACUUCUAGAGCUUCUCCAGAAAUUUUGGGUCCAGGAAGAACUGCCAAACGAGAGAUCAUCAACAUCAGAGCUUUCACCAGAUGAGUACGAGUGCGAGAUGCACUUUAGAGCAACUCAUAGCAGAGACAACACCGGGCGAUACAUCGUGAGACUGCCCCUCAAAACUUCAGCAGCAGCGCUCGGAGAAUCGAAAUUGAAAGCAACACGUCAACUCAAAUCGAUCGUGAGUCGUCUCAACACAGAUCAAGCAUACUCCCAGUUCUACAGAGAGUUCAUUAACGAGUACGCAGCACUGGGACACAUGAGAAUAGCACCAGAGACUCCAGAACCCGUGCCAGCUUACUAUCUACCACAUCACGGGGUACUGAGAGAGGAGGCCAUCACAACGAAGCUGAGAGUCGUAUUCAAUAGCUCCAGCCCCAGUUCAUCAGAACGAUGCAAUGGUUAUCCUGACUUGGAUGAGAAGGCACAGGCUCAUGUUUGGCACAGAUAUUGUAAAGAUGUUCCGCCAAAUACGAGUUCACCAAGAUGA